CUUUUGUAGCGUAAAGAAGAAUCAACUGCCUUCCCUCCCUCUCUCUGAGCCGUGGAAGUUGACAAAAGGGCUUGCGGGCUCCGAACACCUUGAACACCUGAAGCCGAGGUCCCACUAACCGAGCGCCACCAUGUCGAGCAAACGCGCCAAGGGGAAGACCACCAAGAAGAGGCCCCAGAGGGCCACGUCCAACGUCUUCGCCAUGUUCGACCAGUCGCAGAUCCAGGAGUUCAAGGAGGCCUUCAACAUGAUCGACCAGAACCGCGACGGCUUCAUCGACAAGGAGGAUCUGCACGACAUGCUGGCCUCCCUGGGUAAGAACCCGUCAGAUGAGUACCUGGAGGGCAUGAUGGCCGAGGCCCCGGGCCCCAUCAACUUCACCAUGUUCCUCACCAUGUUCGGGGAGCGCCUGAACGGAACCGACCCAGAGGACGUCAUCCGCAACGCAUUCGCCUGCUUCGACGAGGAGGGAUCUGGUGUGAUUCAUGAGGACCACUUGCGCGAGCUGCUGACCACCAUGGGCGACCGCUUCACAGACGAGGAGGUGGACGAGCUGUUCAGGGAGGCGCCCAUCGACCCCAAGGGCAACUUCAACUACGCAGAGUUCACACGCAUCCUCAAGCACGGGGCCAAGGACAAGGACGACGAGUAGACCCCCCUGCCUCCCUCCCUCCAUCCCUCCCUCUCUCUUUCCAUCCAUCCAUCCAUUCAUCCUUCCCUUCAUCACUCCAUCCUUCCUCCAUCGUUAUGUAACUCCAUCCUACCUUACAUGGGGGUGCAAGUCAAUGUCAGUUCUCCCGUCUUUUCCUCUGGCCUCUUUCCUUGGUGCAGCCCCUCCUCUGUGGAGAAAACAGUAGGUCUAAAUAAGGGUUUCCCUGCUGUCGAGCAAAGCAGCGUGGCUUUUUGAAGGCUUUUCUGAAAUGUCAAUAUCUUAAAUGCAAAUAACAGAAUAACUUUUGAAUUGUUAUUAACAUAUUGAAUAAAAACUUUUGUCAUUGAUGAUAUCGAGGCCUAACGUCAUGGGGCUGGAGUUAGGAGGAAAGGAAAGGAGAAAUUACAUUAAUUAGCUCUCAUGGUUCUCCACGGCAGGCAACCAUACAUGGAUAUGCCAUCACUGACCUGACGCUGGAAUUAUCCCUCACCCCUCUACGUUACAAGCAUGGCAGCGUCAUUCACUUGUAAAUUGGCCCGGUAUCUGAUGUAACGCGCUUAGGCCGAUUCAGGUCGAUGCCGGGACGACAGCCAUAAUAUAUUAUCCUUGGAACAUUCCACACCCUAUUCGCUUUCUUUUAUUUUCAAAUGUACAAUUAAAGCAUGAAUGUCUCUUACAAAAAUUGAAUUUAAAUUCUUAUUACAUUAUUAUUGGUUUUGGAGCUCUUUUAGAGCUGAAUAAAGGUAUGUGGGUAUUUGUAUGGUGUUAGUAUGCGGAUGAAUGUAUGUCAGGGUCUGCAAUGAAGACAGCAGAAGGAAAAAUCUACUUUCUAAACCUGUUGAAAUGAGUGUUACUAAUGCAAGCAUUGUGGGUAUGACACAGAAGGAUUUUUCCAAAUUAUCCAGUGGAGCUGAAGGUAUCUAAGCACACCCACACCUCUGUGCAAUUUAUUUACUUUACAAGUUGUAUUAAAAUCAAGUUGCUGUUGAGUUGUUUGCAUUUGACAUUUGUACAAUUUAUGUCAACUACCUGGAGCUAUGUGGAUUAAGAUUUUUUGUUUCCCCAUGUCAGUAACUGGUGUCUUAAAUGCAGUAAUCUGGGUUAGAUGAAAAGUGUACACAGAAAAUGUUUUUAUUUUGUCAAACCUAUGGGUGGGCAUUCCUUUCAUACCAGCAUUUCAGUAAGCAAUGUCCAGAGCAGCUUCUUACUUUGAUACUCCACUCUGAAAUAAAAAGGAUUCCACACUAAGUGGUGUGCGGUGACUCAUAAUUGAACCCAUGCAAUUAGAGACUGAUCUAUCAGGCCACCAUUUAUCACAGCAGUGCAGAGAAACGUCUGAGCACCAUUUUCACUAUCCACAUCAAAUUUCUGAGCACUUUGACAGUACCUUCUUUUUUUUUCUUCCCAUGUUAAGCGUGGCAGGUCACAACUUCAAAUUAAAUUUAGGGAAAUUAAAAAUAAUGUGUACCACAACCUAACAAUGUGAUAUAUUACUUUUGAUAGAUCUCCACUUCUACUUAAGAAAUUCACUGUGUAGCCUGCAUCUAUUAACUUUUUUAAUCCAUUACAUUCCACUUUCAAAUGAUCUCAGACACAGAGUUACGAAAAUGAGUUUUAUUUCUCUGAAAUGCUUGUAGAAAACAAAACAAAAAACAAAAACAUUUAAGGCAUAUAUUGCACUGACUACUCCAAGUUUCUAUGAAGGCAGGGAAUCCUCCCUUGAUCCCAGUUUAAGGCACUAAUGCCAGUUUCACUGCCUGAACAUAUUAUCCAUGAUGCACUGAAAUUAUAAUACACAACAUAUAUCCAUCAUAAUGCAUUUGGUCAUACUGGGUGGGGGAAAAAGCUACAUGUUCCGUUUCUGUUGAAGCAUUACGCCAGACAAAAAAAAAAAAACACAAAAACAAAAAAAACUUGACCCAAAGAUAUAGAUAUAUAUACACAUAUACACAUGCAUUUCACGUUGGCAUCUAGGACCCAUUCUCUGAACAACUAUAAUCAGGAGUUUAACCAUCAGUCAUUCUACAGCGGUGAAAAAAUAUAAACAUUUAAAAAAUAUAUUCAUAUAUAUUUAUCCAGUAUCCAAUGGUUUCCAGUACAUCAGUAACAAGGAGGAAUGGUCACAGUGGGUUUUUUGAGUAGUGGUAAGACCAGCGUCAGCGUAAGAGGGUGCCGAGGCUGUGCGGGGCUAAGGGAAUGAUCCUCGAAAUAACUGCCAGACUUUUUUUUUUUUUUUAAACUUUAAACGUUGUGGUCCUGAGGAAAACUCACCAUCUAUAGAGGAUUAGGCCUACACUUUAUUUAAAACAUGCAUUUAAAACAAAUGGAUUUUAAAACCCUAUGUGAACAGUGGGUCGUCAGUCAGUCAGUCAAACUCUCAGGCGGCCAAGCUUUACUUGGUCAUAUAAGCUCCCUGUUCUCCCCUCCCCUCCUCUCUCCUCACCACUUCCAACAGACACAACGUCCUGGGACACAUGAAGGGUGUUUUUUUUCUUUUUGUACAUACAUUCAGUUAAACUAUUUAAAGCAUAUACAUAACAGUAAAACUAAGUUUUUCUUUUUUCUUUAAUAUCGCCAGGAAAACGCCACGAUCCACGAGUGGGCCUGAUUACGCCAACACACG